UGCCCUCUGUAAACAACCGGUUUGAGAGAAGAAAAUGGCGGAGACGUUUAGCUUGGAGUCUGUGAAAGAAUUUAUCAUAGAAAAAGGCGGAAAAGUGAUAAGUCACGAAAUUGUUAAACAUUUUAAAGUAUUCUUAAACGAUAAAAACAGGCAAAAAGAAGCCAGAGCAUUAUUCAAAGAAUAUGUUAAUGCAGUUACUAUUGUAAAAGAGGAAGAUAAUGUAAAAUAUUUAACGUUAAGGCCUGAAUUUUGCUCAGCAGUACAACAUGAUGAGGAAAAUGUCAAAAAUACUUCUGAAAGUAGUAAUAGUUUAUCGUGUGGUUCAAAUGACAGUAUGGAAAGUGAGGCCAAACAGACCGCGCCUACAACUGAUAACUUACAAUUAGAAGGAUCUGUCUCUCCAAUUGUCCAUAGUCACUCUAGUCCAAGUAUACUCCAAGCUAUUGAUUCUUCAUCACUUUCACUGCCAUUACAAGAUUGCUAUGAAGAGAAUUCCCAGUCAUGUUGUUCAGAAUCUCAAUCAACUCCUUUGAAAUGGUUUGUUGAACCACCUGAAGGGGAGACACCACUUCCACCACCUCGCAGGAAGGGGAGUGCAAAAGGAAAGGAAAAUCGUGAUUUGAAAAUCCAGGAACGGAUGCAACUUUUAUGUGAGGAAAAGGAAACAGAGGCAAACAAGCUUGAAGUCUUUCUAAACACGGUCGCAAAUGCGAGUAGAAUUGUAGGCGAUGUAACGGUGACAUUGGCGAGUAGUCGAGCAUUAAUAGAAUAA